GCGGGGCUUCGCUUCCUGAUUAGUGGGCGUGUGAAGUGUUGUCUUUUUCUCUCGUUCGUUGCGACGUUUUAUUCGAGUUACAAGAUGGCGACGGUGCAUCUGAGAAUCGGCGAUCUCGUGUGGGGGAAACUUGGCCGCUAUCCACCAUGGCCAGGAAAGAUUGUUAGUCCGCCCAAGGAUCUGAAAAAGCCAAGGGGAAAAAAAUGCCAUUUUGUGAAAUUCUUUGGAACUGAAGACCAUGCUUGGAUCAAAGUGGAGCAACUGAAGCCCUAUCAUCCUCACAAAGAGGAGAUGAUCAAAAUAAAUAAGGGCAAGCGCUUCCAGCAGGCUGUUGAUGCAGUGGAAGACUUCCUUAAAAAAUUGAAGGGGAAAGAACAGAACUCUGAAGGUAAAGGAGACUCCAAAGGAAAGAAGACUCCUAAAAAACCACUAAAAAUACUGGAUGAGGACGAUGAGGAUCUCAGUGCCUUGAGGGACCCCUCUGAGAAGGACUUAACUGACUCUGACCCUGAGCCGUCCACUAUUGAGAGGCUGGGGGCUGCACCUGGAUUCAAAUGGGAAAGCAGUCCUGUGAAGGAUGACCCACAUUUUCAUCACUUCUUACUUAGCCAGUCUGAGAAGCCUGCCUCGUCCAUGGAACCGAUAAGCAAGCGCCUAAAAAUUAUUGAAGAGGAUACAGCAUCAACAUCCAUUCAAGCGGCAGACAGCACAGCCAUUAAUGGCAGCGUCACACCAACAGAUAAAAGGAUAGGAUUCCUUGGUCUGGGGCUGAUGGGUAGCGGCAUCGUAUCCAACCUGUUGAAAAUGGGUCAUGUUGUCACAGUCUGGAACCGUACAGCAGAAAAGUGUGACCUUUUCAUCCAAGAAGGUGCCAGGUUGGGUCGAACUCCUGCAGAAGUGGCUUCAAUGUGUGACAUCACAUUCUCAUGUGUGUCUGACCCAAAAGCUGCCAGAGAUUUGGUUUUGGGUCCCAGUGGAGUGCUGCAAGGAAUCAGGCCGGGCAAGUGCUAUGUCGAGAUGAGUACAGUUGACCCAGAGACCAUUACCAAACUCUCACAGGUGAUCACAUCACGGGGUGGACGUUUCCUGGAGGCUCCAGUGGCCGGAAGCCAGCAGCUCUCUAAUGACGGGAUGUUGGUCAUCUUGGCAGCCGGUGACCGAACGGUUUAUGAGGACUGCAGCAGCUGCUUUCAGGCCAUGGGCAAGACUUCCUUCUUCUUGGGCGAAGCAGGAAAUGCAGCAAGGAUGAUGCUCAUCCUCAACAUGGUGCAGGGCAGCUUCAUGGCCACCAUUGCAGAAGGACUCACUCUGGCGCAGGCUACUGGCCAAUCACAACAGACCUUCUUGGACAUCCUAUGCCAGGGCCAGAUGGCAAGCACCUUUGUGGAUCAGAAAUGCCAAAAUAUCCUACAAGGCAACUUUAAGCCAGACUACUAUUUGAAGCACAUUCAGAAGGAUUUAAGGCUAGCCAUCUCCAUGGGUGAUAUGGCCAACCAUCCAACUCCAAUGGCUGCAGCUGCCAAUGAGGUGUACAAGAGGGCCAAGGCACUGGACCAGUCAGACAAUGACAUUUCUGCAGUCUACAGAGCCUACAUUCAUUAGAUUGAGGUGUGACUUCCUGUCUGGACCACAGUCUUUAAUCCUUCAUUAUUUCCCCUAUUGAUGUAACAAGUUUUAUAUUUUUAAUUCUAGUUUUAUUUCAUGCUUUUUUUUUUGCCUGCUUGGUUAUAUGCCGACAACUGAUGGGAUUGCAAUUUCUUCAUUAUAGGGAACAUUGAACAUUGCACUGACCUGAAGGGAAGAUGUGUGUUUAGUGCCCUAAACAAGGUUGUACUACUGCAAGUGGAGGCCGCUUAUCAGACCUCUGAAAUUAGACUCGUGGUGAAAGUAAUAUAGGUUGUGUGUGAAGGUGCGAUUGAGGUGUCCAGAACCACAGAAGAGCAGGUUGUCCAGUCCCAGCCCACAUGGCUUGCUGUCAGGUUUUGACUGCAUCACCCCCAAGUAUUCUUAUGUCCAAGUGAGUUAAUUUAAGUUUGUCUGUGAAUCUACUCUUUAUUAAGUGUCUACAAUUCUAAGAGGAAAACUGGGAGAACAUUGCCUUAAAAUAGUACACCCUCAACUCUUUCAUUGGAUUUAUUUAUUUGUGAGGUCCUCAUUGGAGUUUGUAAUGCAUUAUUUCUGUAUUUGACGAAGACAAUGGAGGCUUAUUGGAUGUCCUGGCUACAGUAAGGCUGACAGCCUUAAAACACAGUCAGAAUUUGGCAUCAUCAAGUUUUGAGAUUUUCAUCGUUUGAUUCAUUUUUUAGUUUGGAAUUCUCAUGCUUUUAUUUUAUACAUAUAAAUUAUCCUGGAGUGAGGGGAAUCCGCUUUUGAGUUAUAUUUUAAUUGAGAUGGGCCCCAAUGUUUCAGGAUUUCUUGUUUCUGGUUGUUAGGGGGGGGGGGAUAUGAUCUAUGUUCUGCUAGGGAACAUUGAACCAUGCCUCAUUAAAAAAAAAGUUUUUAUGUGACAGAGUUGUUUCACUGACUGAAAGCUGUAGAAUAAAUAUGAUAUUCUUAGCAGCAACUUUUUGUUUUUGUUCAGUCACUGGCACCCUACUUAGAGCAAAUAACUUGCCGACGCUCAUCAGUUUGAUAUAUUUUGUUAUUUUGCAGAUCUGGACCUAGAAACAGAUGCUUAGGUCAUGGAUAAAUCUAUUGUUGUGGUUACUGCUAUUGAUGGGGGGUGAGGCUGUGCUAAAAAUGUUACACAUAUAAUUAUGACAGGAAGACUUGAUCGGCUUAAAUAUUAUGUACAGUAGCAUGCAUACCAACACACGCCAUGCUCAGUUGCGUAAUGCCCCGUUUAGUUUUGUUGUUUUUAAGCAAAAGUAUGACUGCAUUUAACUAGGCAGUGAAUGCUUGCGAACGUAACGCAAUUUGGGUUUUUGUCAGGGAUUCUAAAAGGUUGCAAACCAUUUAUCUUGUCUGUAAGAAAAUUUGAACGUUUAACAUGUUCACAAGCAUUUGCCAAUUGAGGUGUAUGGGGGAAGUCAACUCAAAGAUGUUCUUAACAAUAAUACGUUGCAUGUAGCCCAACUAAUCUGUAACACUGUAUUCUGAUCAGCAUUACGUGAGUGAGACAUGACUUUAGCAUCAAAAUCCAGCCAUUUUUAUCCAUCUCGGGGCUCAGCUUGCGAAUGUCACAUGACCAAACUCAGAAAACAGGCGAGCCGCGAUUGGUCGUUAACCUAGCCCGAGCAACUGUGAUGUCAUCUUCGGCGGCAGCAAGUGGCGAUCCAUCCGCGCCCCCCUGAGAUGGAUCAAGACGGGUAGCUUUUGCAUAUCCCACAAAUGCAGUAUUAAUCAGAGUACCGUGUUUAGUCUAAUGGGGUUGCAUAAAAUACGUAAUUUUGGGGUGUUGAUUUCCCCUUGAAGCCCAUCAUAAGUUGGCAAACCGUAUCAAGUUCAGUAUCUUUUCAAUCUGGAUGAUUCUACGUUUGUAAUACACGCACACACACACACAGUUGGAGGAUGUUUUAGAAGCCAGGUGUAAAUAGCACCAUGAGUUUGUUGGAUAUCUUCAGUUACUGGCAUAAACUCUUUUGACUCUUCUGAGCAACUAAGUCUUGUCCUAAUACUGUAGAAGUGUAAAUUGAUAUGUAAUCAAAUCACAUGCCCAAAAUGUGGAGAUUGUUUUAAGGAUGACGGCAACCUAUGGUAAUUUGGGGGAUAUUUAUGAUUCGAACAUGUGGAAUUUCAAGACUUUUGUGCUGUUUAAUAAAUCCUCUCCUCAUUUCUGACAUCAAA